GAAAGAGAUUCUGGCGUUAGUCGUGACAUUAUUUGGCGCAUUAUGAGAGCAAACAAGUUUCACCCUUACAGAAUGUCUGUUCACCAAGCGUUGAAGUAUGAUGAUUUUCAACAGAGACUUGCAUUUUGCAAUUGGAUAAGACAGCAACCACCUGAUUUUCACCUUAAAAUUUUAUUUUCUGACGAAUGUACAUUUAAAAGUGACGGAUCUACCAAUACUUGGAACUGUCGUUAUUGGUCACAAGUUAAUCCUCACUGGUUGAGAGAAAUAGAUCAUCAACAUGUGUGGAAAGUUAAUGUUUGGUGUGGCAUUAUUGGAAGUCAGAUCGUAGGUCCUAUUUUCUUUGAAGAAAUCUAA